UCCGGAUAAUGUUACACUUACCUUUUCCAUGAUAUUGUUUUUAUCCACACCAUCUUGCGUCAACCCAGCAUGUCCAUAGAGGUCAAUUGGGAAACCCUUACAGCUGGCCCAGACGGGGCUCGCUAUGCGGAAAACAUCCGCUCCUUCGUGCACGAAAAGUUCCAAUCCAUUCCAUUCCCCAAAUUCAUCAAAUCAGUCAAUGUACACUCCUUCUCUUUCGGCAAUGUGCCCCCGGACGUAGAGAUCAAAGAGCUCUGCGAUCCUUACCCUGAAUUCUAUGAAGACGAUGACGACGAGUGCUCUGACUCCGAUUCCGCCGAUAUUGAUAACGGGAACGUCGGGGGUGAGGACGAGCAGGAUUAUUUGCUCAAGCUUGAGAGGGAGCGGCGGAGGAGGGAGAGAAGGGAUGAUGGCUAUACCAUUGGAGGUGCGAGAAGCCCUCCACCGGGAUUGAAUCCCCCGCCUUAUACGCCGGACGGCAGAACCGGGAUCCCAUUUCGGAGUCCAUUCACACCUGGCAUUCCGGAUACUUUUCCGGGGAGAGUAGGCGUUGCUGGAGUCACGACUCCAUUAUUUCAUCGUGGGGGGAGUAGCUCGAAUUUACACUACUUUCACUCCGCCUUAUCGUCUGGGUUCACGGGGACAAAUACACCCACACUCCCUGCCUUUCAAUCGCCUACUUCACCGGGUCCUACGGAAAAUCAGCCCCGUUCUAGUUCUACCAGUUCUCUCCCGUCACGCCCGUCCACGUCUGACUCUGGCGGUCCUAUAUCCUCACUAAAUAUCACCGAUCCUCCUAGUGUUGGGUCCAGCGCUCAGGAGCCACUCCAUACCCCAACAUCCGAAGAUUCCCGCGCAAGGGGAUCAUCCUCAUCCGCCAUUCCCCGAUUGACGGAACCCCGGGACCAAGAUACUCAGAUAAUGGCUCGUGUCCGCUACUCAGGCGAUAUCCGACUUGAACUCACGGCCGAAUUACUUCUCGAAUACCCCAUUACAAAUUUCGUCGCCCUCCCGGUUCGUCUCCUAGUCACAGGGUGUAAAUUCGAUGGGUUGGCCUGCUUGGCAUAUAUUCGCCGACGGGCACAUUUUUGCUUCAUAGAUGAGGAGCAGACGCCCGAUCUAGGCGAUGGCGAAGGAGUUACUCGGGUUCGUACCAAAAGUUUAUUGAAAGAGAUCAAGGUCGAGAGUGAAAUUGGUGAAAAGGGGAAGGGCAAACAAGUACUCAAGAACGUUGGCAAAGUGGAGCGAUUCGUACUAGAGCAGGUUCGCCGGAUCUUUGAAGAGGAAUUUCUAUUUCCGAGCAGUUGGACCUUCCUAAUUUAA